AUGGCACCACUGACUUUCAAUCAACGAAAUGACCACCCAUUGACAAAGUGUAAGGAUAAUGUACGGGCAUAACCAAGUGCUGUACCUGUUCUAAUGUCUUGUUUGACACUACUCAAUGGAGCCAUCAGAAAUGGUUUUGGAAAAGCAUCAUUUAGCACGACGCAGUCUCUCCAGCAAAUCAUAAAGCUGUCACGUCUACGUGUCGUUGAUAACAGCGCACUCGGUCGUGCCGCCAUGCAGUCGGGCAAGCCGCCACGCUGCAUACACGUCUACAAGAACACAGGCGUGGGCACGAUCGGAGACAAGAUCCUCGUUGCCAUAAUGGGCCAGAAGAAGCGCGGUUAUAUCAUCGGCUGCAGGCAGAAGCAGGCGGCGGGCGUGCCGCGAUUUGACUCGAACAACAUGGUGCUAGUCGAUGAUUCUGGCACUCCGCUGGGGACGAGGAUACGGGUGCCCGUGCCGUCGUGUCUCCGGGGAAAGGCGACAGGAGACUUUAGCAAGGUCUUAGCGAUCGCGUCCAAGUUUGUGUGAGAAGCGCCGUUACCGGUAGAGCGACGAAGCGGACGUGUGACGGGGAGUGUUUCAGAAUGGUCGAUGGUUGCCAUGGCCACUGUUCAGCGAUUUUUUAUUGACGGUUUGGUAGAAGCCAUGCACGGUAUUGUCACUUGAAAACUUGCGUGCAUGCGUUGAUUUAACCGAGUGAAAUCCCUUUGUGAGUCUGAGCUCUGAGUUCGUCAUUAGGUGCAUAAUGCAUUCAUUAGCGAAUUAUAUAUGGGUUUAGUGGUCGAUGAUUUAGUAUUGGAUGACAUUGGAUGAAAGCUGAUGAUAUCAUGCAAUCUCCUGUAAUAUUGUUGCGUAUAAGCAAAUGUGAAGUGAAUGUGAAGUCUGCAAACUGAUUACAAUGAUAUUGUUAGUGCUCAAGUAAUGUUAUGUGCAAUAUCAAAUGCCAUUACUGGCAGAUUUCUUUGUAUAAAUAAAAUUUGUUUAGUUUACAAUCUUC